AUGGAUCAAGAGGAUCCGACCACUGCUGUGUCCGAUGAAGACCUUGAGUAUGACUUCGGUUCCUUGGGCGAUGGUGAUCUUGAAUUCGUUGCCAAUGCUCAUCAGCGCUGCCGCAGUGAAGGCGAUCAGGACGUCGAUAUGCCGGACGAUGACACCGGCGCGAUAUUUGCUGGUCUACCUGAUGUGAUGACAGAUAUGGACGAAUCCCAUGAUCAAGGCCUCACGAGCCCACUCAAAUCAGCUCUUGACCACGAUUCUAUGGAGAUUUGCAACAACUGCAACAAUGAUUUGGAGGAUGACGAGAUUUGUACCUCCAAGCUCGACGACCAGCGAGUCGAUUCUCACUCUCCCGAGUUACCAAAUGAGGCCCCCACUCGUCAACUUCGAACUCCGGCAGCCCAGCAAUGCAUACCAUCCACCUGGAUGGACAAUGACGAUUCCGGUAACUUUGACCCGAUAGAAGACGCCCGACGCGACAGACGGAGAAGAGUCAGAGUUCGUAGACGCCCGUCGGCUGUCGCAACCCGCGUGAAGGACGCCGCCCAGCGGCUGCAGAUAACACUUAUAGCACGCCUUCAGUUCAGGAGCGAAGAAUCCAGAGGUAGCUUCGCUCGCUUAGUCGUGACAUCAAUUUCCGAGCAGAUCCAGACAGGAUAUAAUUUAAGAAGCAGAAAUUCGACGACGGAAGAAGAGACAGAUGAAGUUGUAGACCUUACCGGGCAUCCAGAGGCUCGCGGAUGUAUGGGAUGCUUCGAGCUCGGGAUCCCUUGUCCCUUGCUAGAGGACGAAUACGCCUGGCCAUGCCACAAUUGCGAUGAGAUAGGCGAGUUCUGCAUGCUCUUAACGCCAGCUGUACAGAAACGCGCCUGUGAGGAUUGCAAGCGUCUCAAAAAGCCCUGCUCGUUUAUCUAUACCCGGAAUCACUUCGACAAAUGUCAAGAUUGCACUAUCGCUCGACGUCGAUGCAACGCGGGACCGAUCUUUGAAUUCAUUCAAAGAAGAGUCCGAUACCCUGCGCCGGGACAGGAGCCAGUAUUGCCAUCUAAGAAACCUGGCAAAACGAGCAUCCCCGAAGAUUGUCGCGAAUGCCGCGACGCGAAGCGAUCGUGCAAUUACAUGGGAACUAUACCAGCUCGGGCCUGCGAAGCAUGUGUCAAAAGAUAUCUCCCAUGCACCAGGUCGAACGCUCCUUCAGAGACCCCAGACCCACCUUCACAGCCACAAUCGAAACUCGCAGCACCUUCCGAACCCAAGGUUCCCCCUGUGGCUGCCAAGGCCAAGACUCCGUCGCUGCAGCCAAGAUCGACAGUCAAAGACCGACCAGCUUCAGCAGUGAAAACCAUCAAGACCAAGUUCUUCCAUCCUGUGAUUUUCAACUGCGAUGAGAUGGCCAGGACGGAAUCGAUGAAGUGUAUGUUCUGUGAACACCAGUCUCUAGCUUUUAUAGGGCAUACGCUCGAAGUUCGUCAAAUAGUGGUCUACGAUGCCAGUGACAGCAGUCCAUUACGGGAAGUCCGAGAGAUGCCCGAUGGCCUGCAAGGUACAACCUUGUGUUUGCGCUGUACCAUGCAGAGGAUGACGGUGGUGUUGCAUCACGACCACGACAUGUCGCCGAUUGAAGGCAAAGUACCCUCUGAUGAUGCGGACCAGUUGAAAGCCCUGCACGCGAUCGUGGAGAAGAAGGUCCGCAACCCGCUUGACUACUGCACGAUGUGCUGCAACCUGGCCGAUUUCAAAUGUUUGGCACACGAGAUUCGAUUGUCCCGCGACAAUAUCGUGCCAUGCUUGAGGCUCUGCCAGAGAUGUUACAUACGAUGGAGCGGUAUCUUUGACAAGGACAUCAAACGGAUGCUCAGCAAGCUCGACCUCAACAAGCCAUUCGGUCCAGGCUCUACCAGAGCGGAUGCCGAACUACUAAGAGAAGACGGCCCUCUGGCGCGAUAUUUGAAAUGGUCAAGUCUCAACCCAAAGGGUUGA